GAUCAGUUAAUUGAAACAGGUUGGAUUAACCGGUUGUUUGUUUAAAUAAAACGUUUGGUUAUUUAUAGGAAGUUGUAAUUUUUCUAAUUUUUUGGAAAUAUGAGUAAAACAGAUCUUCCGUAUUUGGCAGAAUAUGCCAAAUCCGGCCGUUCCAGCUGUAAAGGCUGCAAAACAUCAAUUAAUCAAGGUUCUUUGCGUCUUGCUGUUAUGGUGCAGUCUCCACAUUUUGAUGGAAAGCAACCACGUUGGUUUCAUUUCUCAUGCUUUUUUCAAAAGCAAAGACCAAAAACUAUUGAUGACAUUGAACAUUUUGAAGCUCUAAGAGUAGAAGAUCAAGACAAAAUAAAAGAAAAAGUUACAUUAUCUGAAGUGAUAAUUAUUCCUGAUAAAAAAGGAAAAAAAAGGGGUAAUGAUGGAGGGGCUUCUACAUUGAAAAAGGAAGCAAUGAAGGAUUUCCGCAUUGAGUAUGCUAAAUCUGGUAGAGCUGGAUGCAGAGGAUGUGAACAGAAAAUUCUUAAAGAUGAAUUACGUAUCUCCAAAAAAGAUUUUGAAACUGAGGUUGGUAGAAAAUAUGGUGGACAAGAUAUGUGGCAUCAUGUGAGUUGUUUUGCUCAACUCAGAAGUGAUCUUGGGUAUUUUGAAUCUGGUGAUAAACUACCGGGCUUUAAAGGACUCUCAAAAGACGACCAGGAAAAUGUUAAGAAACAGAUAGUUGCAAUUAAACAGGAAGAUGUACCUCCAGUAAAGAAAAUGAAAACUGAAGAUGAUGUUGAUAAAAAAGAUAAUGAAUACAGGGAGCAAAAUAAACUUAUGUAUAAAUAUAGAGAUUCUCUUGAUGAGUUAGGAUCAAAAACAAAAACUGUUUUAAUACAACUACUUGAAUAUAAUAAUCAAAAACCAUUAACAGGAAAAGAUAGGAUGCUGGAUCAAGUAGCAGAUGCAAUGACCUUUGGAGCAUUAGAACCAUGUGAUAGUUGCAAAGGCCAGUUUGAGUACACAAACAGCGGUUACAUUUGCACUGGAGACCUUACAGAGUGGACAAAAUGUAACAAAACAGUAAAAGAGCCAAAACGCAAGUCAUUUAAGGUACAAAAAGAAUUGAAAGAAGAAUACCCUUUCCUUAAGAAGUACAAAUACAUACCUAGAAUUAGAAUUAUUAAAAUUAAAACUCCAACUAAUGGUGUGAAGAAAGAGAAAGUAGAAGAAAAUGUGGAGCCCCGUGUUAAGAGGGAAACUCCCCCACUGUAUGAAAUGAAAUUCGUUAUCUUGGGGAAACCGCCAAAGGGUAAAGACGAGAUAAAAAAACUUAUAACUUCCCUAGGAGGAAAAGUUGUAACUAAAAUAGAUAAAACUGUUCUGGCUGUAAUCUCCACAUCUGAAGAAGUUGAAAAAAUGAGUAGUAGAAUGUCAGAAGUUGAAAGUGAACAAAUACACGUCGUUUCUGAUGAUUUUUUAGAUGAAGCUAAGAGUAAUACUGGAAAAAUUCCUGAUUUAAUUAUUAAGAAGAGUAUUUGCAAUUGGGGAUCGGACCCAACCGUUCGUCUUCCUGAGGAACCAUCUACAAGUCGAAAAUCAAAAUCUCAAAGCAUUUACACCAAAUCUGUACCGAAAUCAGUAAAAAUGAAAUUGAAGGGAGGUACUGCUGUCGAUCCUGAUUCGGGACUGGAAGAUACAGCUCAUGUAUACCAAAAUAAAAGUGACAAAUUUAAUGCUAUUCUUGGUUUAACUGAUAUUCAAUCUGGUAAAAACAGUUAUUACAAGUUGCAAGUUCUGGAACAUGAUAAAAAAAACGCUUACUGGUUGUUUAGAUCUUGGGGAAGAAUUGGUACUACUAUUGGAAAUCAUAAAUUAGAAUCUAUGGGAACUUUGCAAGAAGCACUAAUGCAGUUCAGAGAUUUGUACAAGGAGAAAACAGGCAAUGAUUGGGACAAUAGAGAAAAUUUCAAAAAAAUGCCUGGAAAAUUAUAUCCUAUCGAAAUGGAUUAUGGCGAAGAAGAGGCUCUAAAAUUGGACAUUACAGAUUCUGAAUCAAAAUUACCAGUACAAGUUCAAGAUCUUGUUAGAAUGAUCUUCGAUAUUAAUUCAAUGAAAAAACUUAUGAUGGAAUUUGAAUUGGAUACAGAAAAAAUGCCCUUAGGUAAGUUGAGCAAAUCUCAAAUACAAAAGGCGUUUGGUGUUCUUAGUGAACUACAAACUUUGAUCAAUGAAAAAGCAGAAAGAUCCAGAUUUAUAGAUGCUUCUAAUAGAUUCUACACGUUUAUACCACAUUCUUUUGGUAUUGAAGAUCCACCAAUUCUAGACGAUCCCGAAGUAAUAAAGCAAAAAAUUUUAAUGUUGGACAGUUUAACGGAAUUGGAAGUUGCAUACAAUUUGAUGAAAUCAUCUGGUUCAGAACACACAGUCGACAGUUAUUACAAUCAACUAAAUACUGAAUUACAAGUUUUGGAACGUGGCACUGAAGAAUUUAGCAUCAUUAAUGAAUAUGUUCAAAAUACUCAUGCAGCUACUCAUGACAACUAUGAACUAAUUAUUGACGAAGUCUUCACUGUUAAACGUCAAGGUGAAGACAAACGAUACAAGCCAUUCCGUAAGCUGCCUAAUAGAAAAUUAUUAUGGCACGGUUCUAGGGUAACAAAUUAUGCUGGUAUAUUAUCUCAAGGUCUUCGAAUUGCUCCUCCAGAGGCUCCUGUUACUGGUUACAUGUUUGGUAAAGGUAUCUACUUUGCCGAUAUGGUCUCCAAGUCUGCUAAUUAUUGUUGUACGGAUUCAGCUAAUCCUAAAGGUCUUAUGUUAUUAUGUGAUGUAGCUCUAGGAAACAUGUAUGAGAGAUUGAAAGCCGAUUACAUAACCAAAUUACCAAAAGGAAUGCACAGUUGCAAAGGUGUAGGAAGAACACAUCCAGAUCCAUCUAUAGUGAAGAAAAUUGGAGAUGUAGAAGUUCCUGUUGGUAAAGGAGUACCUUCCCAACAAUCUUCUUCUCUUUUAUACAACGAAUAUAUUGUAUAUGAUGUUGCCCAGGUGAAUGUAAAGUAUUUAUUGAAAAUGCAUUUCAAAUAUAAAUACUAGGAAAACUAAAAUCAGUUCAACUUCAAAUUGUCUAUCUGCCUCUAAUUAUUACAAAACUAAGCUAUAAUUUGUAGAUCUGAUAUGUUCAAUCUUUCAUGAUUUACUUGGCAUGAAUUUUUGUUAUAAAACGUUUACCUUAAUUUUUCUAUUCACAUGGAAGGAUGAACAUAUUCAACAUAUUUUAACAAAAUUUCAUAAUUCUUGCUCAUUUUCCAGAUCCAUAAUUGUUUUUUUCUCAAUUUCAAUUGAUCUUUUCAGAUUUAGUGUUUGACUCGUUUUUUUUUAAAUCUUUAUCACUAUUGUGUCAUAAUUUCAUAUAUACUAGCGCUUUCGGCUGUAUAUGAAUGAAUAAUAUUCAAACAAUCAAUUUUGUGCUGUAUUUGACUAUACAUCGUUGCUCAAAUCUAUUUUUUUGAGAAACACGGAUUUUAUUAUAUUUAAAGUAUUAUAAGCAUAUUUUAUUGUAAAGUCAGGUUCAUCAAUUUCACUCUUAUUCUUCUUCGCCUUCAUACAUUAGUAACUGGCAAAACAAAUGUGACUAAUCAGCAUUAGUUAGUUCUCCACAGACGGCUAAAUCAUUAUCAAAGGUAACGAUAUAAUCGAACUCAGUCUCUUGAAAAUGUAAUUCAUCUUGCCAGGUCCUAUCAAGAUCGGCAUAUGGAAAUUCUUCGGUCAUCUUCGCAUGUUACUUUGACCCCAUUUUUAUAAGCAGUUUGCAAUGGUUUUUUUAGUGAAUAAAUUCCAAGCUUUGGUGAUUACCCACGUGGUUUAUGAAACAUUAAUUAUAGUUGAUGUUUGGCGUUCAAUAUCAUUAAGACGUUGUCUAAGAAGUUAUUUUCUUAAAGCUUUGAAUGGUACCUUUGUCCAGGAGUUGUAGUUUCGGAGUGAUAGUUGGAGGCAAGUACUUUAUUUCUAUAUUUUCCAAGUUAGGAACAGUAAAAUUAUUGAUGUUUUUUCUUUCAUCUCUUUAUCCAGAGUUUUAAGCCAAUAGCAAAAAUUUUUUUGUUUUAUAAUUUUAAACUAAGAAUGUUUUGUAAAAAUCGUUUACUGAGAAAUGUCUUUAAUUUUGAUAAAUCCCUGUAAAUUUGCAAUUAACUUGGGAGCAUCGGUAAACUUGGUUAGAUUUUGAUGAAGGAAAUUUUUGGAAUCCUAAAUGGACUUCCCUUAUAUUCUUUUUUUAAUUAACAUUACUUAAAUCGUAAGUAAGAAAUUGUUUGAUUUGUUUCUUGUAGUUUGUUAUAUAAAAAUACAUCACUUAUUACAUGAACAUGUUGUAAUAUUUGAUCACACUGGUUGAUAUACAUUUUCAGUUGCUUUUGCUAAAACAUUUUGAAUUAUACAAAAUGGUAUGACUUAUCAAUAACCAAUACAAUUAACAGAAAAAAUUUUGAAAUAAUGAAAUUACGUUGUCGUUAUUUGUUUAUAGUAUUUCCUAUUUAUCAAAUUCCAUUAAUUUAUUAAUAUUAUUUCAACUUUUAUCAGUUAAAGUAUUUUGAUCAGUAUUUUAAUUUUCAACUGUAUAAAAAAAUUCCUAUCAACAUGUGGCGACCAUGUCAUGUGACCUUGCAGCUAAAAAUACUUAAUACAGGUGCACAUUUCUCCAAAUAAACAAACUUCGUCAAUAAAACGAGAAUCUGGCCACACCUGACUGACCGAUACCGGAUCCUGGAAAUUCCAAGUAAACUUUUUAAUGCCCUACUAGUAUACAAUCAAAUUAAUCCUCCUCGAUAUACCUGAUUCACCUUUUAGGAAAAACCACCUACCUUCUAUCUUUCCAUUGUUACAUACUUACAUAAACCCAGACGAGCUGAAUCUGUGGUAACGGUGUAGCUUCGCUGAAACCUCGGCGUUCGAGGUCUGUCUCAAGACAUAUUGAACUUCUCCUCGAUUCCAAACAUCUAGCUAGAGUUCGUGUUAGUAUGGAACAAUGAGAAGGUAACUGCCUCCUACCUUAUGGUUUUUCCCAAAAAGGUAUAUCGAGAAGGAUUAAUUUAAUUGUAUGCUAUUAGGACAUUAAGAAGGUUACUUGGAAUUUCCUGGGUCAGGUGUGUCGUUUUAUUUGUUCAGAGAAAUGUUUACCUGUAUUAAGUAUUUUUAACUACAAGGUCACAAGGCGUGCACAAGAAUUUAUCUUAUAUUGGUAUUGCUUUGCAUUGCAACUGAUCAUAUGUAUACAUUUCAUUUAGUUUUUGGUUCUAGAAAUGUUACCAUAUACUUUCUUGAAUAUGUUAAUGUAUAUUUUCAAUUUUUUAAAUAUUUUUGUGUGUUUACAAUAUAUUUUUAAUUUUUUCAAUAAAGUACAGUUUGAAAAGA